UCUCAAACGCUAAUUACAAAAUAACAUAUUUUAUAUCCGAGUGUUAGCUGAACCGAAGGCAUAGAUUUUUAGUUCAUUAUAACAUGGCGAUAUCCUCUUUUCCUUGCAGGUUUCAUCCACAUUCUCAAUCAAAUCCUCUAUUCAUCUCUGUACCUCCCAAUAAUUCUGUCAAACAAGCUCUGUAUAAAUGUAAUCCUCUAUCACGCACUUGUAGAAGAAGAAAAUUGAGGUGUCAAGCAAGAUUUAUUGAUCCUUCAAAUAUAUUUUUUGUUGACAUAUACAAGCCACCAAAUUUGCAGACAUUUAUAAUAGCCUCGAGCGUUUUGGCUGGAAUUUUAUUGUCCCUGUACUUCGGUUUGAAGGGCGACCCUGUUCGCUGUGAAAGGUGUGCAGGAAAUGGUGGCACAAAAUGCGUAUUCUGCAAAGAUGGAAAAAUGAAAGUAGAAACAGGGUUGGUUGAUUGUCGCGUUUGUAAAGGUGCAGGUCUUAUACUUUGCAAGAACUGUAGAGGUUCUGGAUAUUCACGGCGCCUAUGAGUGGGAGGUUUUUGUGCUUAAAAGGAAGAAUUAUAAGGAAUGGUCUUGGGAGGAAUUUUCUAAAUUAUGUUGCUGCUGUUCAGUUGACUGGGUUUUCACAAACUGCAAACACGAGAAGAAUAUAAGGAAAAACAAUUCUUCUUGUAACUAGUAGUAAGAAACGUGAAAAGCAAGCUUGGGCUUUUGCUUGCUGAGGCCAAUUACUUGUAUCAUAACUAUUGAGCCUCAUAUUUGAAAAAUCAUUUAUUGUAAACCAAUACUUUUUCUCAUCAAGCUUUAUUGAUUCUUGGAGUUUAAUAUGUGAAUUGUUUAUUAUUUCAAGUUGCACGGGGAAAAUAUAUUUACAAUUCAAAUGAUUUUUCAUAAUGCUUGUUCCUAUAGAUUUUUUUUUAUUAUAAAAAUAUAUGGU